AUGAUAAGUUAUUUAGUAAAUAAUGAAAUGCAAACUAAUUUUGUGGAAACAAAAACACAGAGAAAAAACCCUGAGAAAAGCGGUAAAAAGAUGAAAAUAAUAAUAAAACAGGUAAAUAUGUUUGUCUCACCUGCAUUAGUUAUUCCACCAAACAACGAAGUCUUUAAAGAAGACACAUUAAAUAAUGCUAUAAACAAUAAUUCUAACUUAUCAGAUGAAAAAAGAGCAGUACUAAGUUUAUAUCUUAGACAAGCUCCAGAAGAACGAGCAAGAAUAAUGAAUGAAGUAGAUUUAAAAUCGUUAAUAGAAAUAUUCUAUAUUUUAUUAAAUCAAUCAGAACAUCCAGGUGUUAUUGAAAAUACAACAUUGUUAUUUGAUGAUUUUAUAAAUGCUGAUAUCAAUAGAAUUCCAUUAAUUAGUGAAAUUGAUAUUCAAUUAACUAUUGAAUUAUGUACCCGUUUAAUUAGACAAAUGAAAACAGAAAACCUUACAAUUCUGAAAGCCAGUAUUGAAGUUUUUACUAUUCUUACUACUCGUUGUGGUACUUUUAAUGAUUUUGUAUUAAUAAUGGGUGAUUAUUUCCAAGUUAUUCGUGAAAUUUAUUCAAUUGCUAAUCCAACUCGUUUUACUUAUCAACCACUUCAUUUAUUUAAUUGGUCUUUAUAUAUUUUAUUAAAUAAAGAACCAUAUAGGACAGUAUUUAGUAAAGAAAUUCCAUUAAAUUUCUUAUUAGAAGUUCAUGACAAAAUUGUUGCUACUCAAGAUAAUGAACUUCUUUAUAGUUUAUUUCAUAUUGUUUGGUUACAGUCAUUUGAUGAAAAAUUAGUAGAACAUGAUUUUCCUGAGAAUUUUAUUCAAAUAUUUGCAAAUGUAUUAUUAAAAAUUAAAAUAGAGAAAUUAAUUAGAAUAGUUCUCUUAAUUAUUCAUAAUCUUUUAAAUGUUGAUUGGUAUGUUCGUUUAUUAGUACAACAUGAAUUUAAUUUAAUUAUUCCUAUGUUAUUAAGUCGUACAUUCUCUGAUAAUGAUAUUGUUGAAAUGUUACAAGAAAUUAAUGAAAUAGUAGAAAAAAAAGUAACUGAAACUUCUAGUAUGGAAUGUUAUUUGGAUGAAUUAAAAUCUGGAAGAAUGAGAUGGAGUCCAAUGCAUCGUUCAGAACAAUUUUGGACUGAAAAUGUUACUCAUUUUGAACUUGAAAAUUGGGCUUUAGUAAGAAAGUUAAAAGGUGUUAUUAAUGAUAAGUCUGCUGAUCCUGUUUGUGUUUCUGUAGCUUGUUUUGAUUUAGGAGAAGUUGCUCGUUAUCAUCCUCUUGGAAGAAAAAUAAUGAAUGACUUAGGUAUUAAAUUAGAUUUAUUACAAUUAACUAGUUCUGAACAACCAGAUGUGAAAAAGAAUGCAAUUUAUGCCGUCCAAAAAAUUAUGUUACACCACUGGGAUCUGGUUCAAACUGACUAA